AAUGGCCUCCGACGACAUAAAGGAGAGCACCGAAGUUAAAGAAUCCAAUGAAGUUAAUAGUGUAGAACCACCUCCAGCACAGGUAACCGCGUCGCCGCCUACGAUCGAUUUAGAAGUCCCAUCAAAUAUUACAGUAAAUUCAUUAGGAGAGAGUGAGGAAUCUGAUGAAGACAAAGAUGAGACAGGAAGUGUAAUAAGCACGGCGACUACUACUACAUCGCGUAGUAAAUCGCCAAAUAAUAGGAAGAAUUCAAAACCACGGAAAAAGUCCAAAAAGACAGUUAAACCACUCUAUAAAUAUAUUUGUCAUCUGCGUGAGGAUCACGGCCAACCCUUAUUCGGUGCACAGUUUAAUCAACAUCUUAUUAAAGAGCAGGCAAUUUUCGCAUCAGUGGGAAAGGAUCGUAUAUCAAUUUAUGAGUGUCCUCGAGAAAACGAGCAAGGUGACAGUAAUGGGAACGGAAUCAAAUUGCUCCAGUGCUAUGCGGAUCCCGAUCCCGACGAGAAUUUCUAUACUUGCGCCUGGUCCUACGAUCCUGAGAACGGUGAUCCAAUACUUGCGGCCGCUGGGUAUCGUGGAGUUAUACGCAUAUUCAAUCCAUCAAAACAUAUUUGCACUAAACAUUACAUUGGUCAUGGGCACGCGAUUAACGAAUUGAAAUUUCAUCCCAAAUUGCCUCAAUUUCUACUAUCGGGCAGUAAAGAUCACUCACUACGACUAUGGAAUAUACAAACAGAUGUGUGUGUGGCUAUAUUUGGCGGCGUUGAAGGACAUCGCGAUGAAGUGCUUUCAGUUGAUUUCGAUUUACGCGGAGAUCGAAUUAUGUCCAGUGGUAUGGAUCACUCAUUGAAAUUGUGGCGUCUGGAUAAACCUGCCAUUAGGGAUGCCAUCGAAAGUAGUUGUACGUUCAAUACCAGCAAGAACGCAACACCUUUUCCAACAAUUAAAGAGCAUUUCCCUGAUUUCUCCACACGAGAUAUUCAUCGAAAUUAUGUAGAUUGCGUGCAAUGGUUUGGAGACUUCGUCCUUUCGAAAUCAUGCGAAAAUUCUAUUGUAUGCUGGAAGCCUGGCAAACUGGAGCAUACUGAUGUUAAAGCACAGGAUUCCACAACAACGAUUAUACAUCACUUUGACUAUAAAGAAUGUGAAAUUUGGUUUGUGCGCUUUGCUUUCAACUUUUGGCAGAAGGUUUUGGCUCUGGGCAAUCAGCAGGGCAAAACCUAUGUUUGGGAGUUGGAUAAUUCCGAUCCGAAUUUAACGAAAUGCAGCACACUAGUACAUCCCAAGUGUACUAGUGCAAUUAGGCAGACAUCGUUCUCCAAGGAUGGACACGUUUUGAUUUGUGUUUGUGACGAUGGCACCAUUUGGCGAUGGGAUCGCUCAAAUUAGAUAGUUAUACAUAAUUUCAUAUACAUACAUAUACAUAAUAUCUAUGGGGAGCUUAAUUUUUACCAGUUCGCUUUUCAAUGUAAUUCUUAUUUAUUUUACUAUAAAAAAAUAAAUCUAUACAAUUUAUA